UACUGACGGGAUGGACUCAAGGCAGUGGACUGCUAACCUUGCUUAAAGGAGGGCACAUAGUGCAGGGUUUGUUUGGAGCAUACACCGACUGCCAUGGACAGGGUUACAGUUACAAGCUACUGUGUAGGACUCCUGGGUUUGUUACUCUUGCAUGGAGUGCUUAAUGUGGAGGGGCGGAGCAUAUUUAACCCUGGAAACCCUGUUUUUGAUCCCAAAGAAGUUACAGAUUCCCAGAGCAAGAUUCUAGCACUAUUACUGCAGAAAAGCCUAGUUCCUGUUGAAAAGGACGAUCAUCUGGGUAUCGAGCUGGCUAAUGCACUAGCUGAGCUAGAGGAGCUGCAGGCACUGAGGGAGGACCUGGAGUUGGAGAGGAAGAUUACAGCUAAUAUAGCAGAAAGCAAAUCCCUAACAAAGAAACGAGGCGAACCUUGUUUCUGGAAGUACUGUGUCUGAUACAGAUGCAAGAGGAGAAGGACCACUGAAAUCUUGCUGCAAAGCCCAACAUAGCCUUAAAACUCUCAACACCAGUAGUAUAAUCACACAGUAUUUAUUCCAGCAAUAUAAAGUUGUACCAUAAUCAAUGUCAUCAAUAAAUGUACGAUUUUCUGUGCACUGAGGUGCUUUUGUGAAAGCUCUACGAAAUGUCUCUGUACAUGUUGAAUCUGUAAAUAAUCGGCGACUCACUGGAAAUACUUGAGGAUCAGGUAUGACAAUACUUGACUUGACUGCAAAGUCAUAUUAUUAUUUCACAGGGAUUUUGUUUGGCUGUCGCUUGUGUUUUUGUCGCUCUCCUGUGGCAGAAAUGGGAAUUACAUUUUUUACUCCACUGUCUCAUCUGUCACUGCUUUUACAAACGCUCUGCUGUUAAAUUUACUCUGUAAAUAAAAUUAGAAUGUCAAUCUGUA